AGACUACCCGUGUACAGCCACGGGCUACCUGUGUAAUUUUGUGUAUACAAUAUGGCGCACAGUUCUGUAUUCUUGGCCUUCGUUUUGGGCCUUUUAUUUGGUGUCAUGGCAGCUUAUAUAACAUCUAAAAAUCUAAAAACAAGCAAGGGUAAUAAAGUUGAACAUCUUUAUUUACUUGGUGGCUCGAAUUUAGAUGAAUAUGCAGAAAUACCAGAAAGCGAAACUGCUAUGAAAAGUUUCCCUGAACAAGUUCUAUCCUCUUUGAACUUCAGCGCCGACAUGAGAGACCUCCACCACAGACAGAAAAAUAAUACGUCGAAAAUGACAAAAGUGCUUUGCUGGGUUUUAACCAGCCCAAAUAAUCUAAAAGUUCGAGGUAGACCUAUCAAGGAAACAUGGGGGAAACGAUGCGAUGUUCUACUAUUCAUGAGCACCAAAGAUGACGAGAAUUUUCCGGCUGUUGGAUUGAAUGUACUAGAGGGGCAAAGUGCAUGGCACAAAACACGUGCAGCAUGGCAAUACGUGAUAGACAACCACAUUAAUGACGCUGAUUGGUUUAUAAAAACAGAUGAUGAAACAUAUGUUGUUAUAGAAAAUUUAAAACACCUAUGCUCAAAGCAUGAAUAUGAUAAGUCACACUACUUUGGCAGACAUUUUCUGCCUUUUGGGGGAUAUAAUGAUGGUGGAGCAGGCUAUGUGUUUAGUAAAGAGACACUAAUAAGAUUUGGGAAAUUGUUAAAGGACUCAAAGCAUUGUCCCUUGCACAGCAAAGCAGAGGAUGUUGAAGUUGGGCGCUGUUUAAGAAAAGUGGGAGUGGUACCUGGAGAUACUAGAGAUGAAAGAAAAAGGGAGACUUUUCAUCCAUUUUCCCCUGAACAGCAACUAAUAACUGGUCUCAUCAAAAAGGAUAACUGGCUGUGGGCUUACAGCAAUAACAGAGUUACUAUUGGGCCAGGGUGUUGUUCAGAUCAUUCAGUAACAUUCCAUCACAUAACUCCUAACAUGAUGUAUUUAAUGGAAUACUUUGUCUACCACUUGAGGCCUUAUGGCAUAACUCUUGCAGACCAGUAUGGCCGUGGCCAUAACUAGAGAGCUUAAUAUGGGUGCUGCUAAUUUUUUUCUGCAUAAAAUUUUUCUUGUAAAUUUCAACUUAACUGUGGAACAGCUGCCUAUCAUGAACAGGGCUCAUAGAUCAAUAAUAGAAAAAUUGACUACAUAGAUGUUGUUUAUUGGUAUAGUAUAAUUUGGUAUCAUACCUAUUUAAUUAUACCUAAAAAUACCUAUUAUCAUACCUAGGGUUAUUUUCUUAGCUUAUUUAUAGGAAGUCCAGGAAAUAGUCUUACUGGACCCCAAGUUAGCAAAUACUGGCAGGAGCAUAGCAAAGAAAUCUGGGGGAUAGGAGUGGGGGAGGUUUCCCCCGCUUUUCCCCAAGUCAGCAAAUACUGGCAGGAGCAUAGUAAAGAAAUCAGGGGGUAGGAGUGGGGGAGGUUUCCCCAGCCCUUCUCCCCAAGUCAGCAAAUACUGGCAGGAGCAUAGCAAAGAAAUCAGGGAUUAGGAGUGGGGGAGGUUUCCCCAGCCCUUCUUCCCAAGUCAGCAAAUACUGGAAGGAGCAUACCAAAGAAAUCAGCGGGUAGGAGUGGGGGAGGUUUCCCCCGCUUGUCCCCCAGUCAGCAAAUACUGGCAGGAGCAUAGCAAAGAAAUCAGGGGGUAGGAGUGGGGGAGGUUUCCCCAGCCCUUCUCCCCAAGUCAGCAAAUACUGGCAGGAGCAUAGCAAAAAAAUCAGGGGGUAGGAUUGGGGGAGGUUUCCCCAGCCCUUCUCCCUAAGUCAGCAAAUAGGGGCAAGAGCAUAGCAAAGAGGGGGAUAGGAGUGGGGUGGAGGAAGGUGUCCACAGCCCCGCUUCUUGUUCCAGAAGAAAAAGGGUACUAAGGGGCAGAGGGUUGCACAAGCAUGAAGCAGAGCAGUAGUAGGCCUAGAAGUAUUGGAGGGGUGUGAGACUGAAUGCGAUUUGUAUUCUGUGAACUGUCAACAGGGUCAUUGUACCCAAUGAGACUGAAUGAGAUUUGUAUUCUGUUCUGUGAACUGUCACCAGGGUCAUUGUACCCAAUGAGACUGAAUGAGAUUUGUAUUCUGUGAACUGUCACCAGGGUCAUUGUACCCAAGAGACUGAAUGAGAUUUGUAUUCUGUGAACUGUCACCUGGGUCAUUGUACCCAAUGAGACUGAAUGAGAUUUGUAUUCUGUGAACUGUCACCAGGGUCAUUGUACCCAAUGAGACUGAAUGCGAUUUGUAUUCUGUGAACUGUCAACAGGGUCAUUGUACCCAAUGAGACUGAAUGAGAUUUGUGUUCUGUGAACUGUCACCUGGGGCAUUGUACCCAAUGAGACUGAAUGAGAUUUGUAUUCUGUGAACUGUCACCAGGGUCAUUGUACCCAAUGAGACUGAAUGAGAUUUGUAUUCUGUGAACUGUCACCUGGUGCAUUGUACCCAAUGAGACUGAAUGAGAUUUGUAUUCUGUGAACUGUCACCAGGGUCAUUGUACCCAAUGAGACUGAAUGAGAUUUGUGUUCUGU